CUAGUGUGCAGUACGAUGCGCCGCCAGAUAAUAUCGCGAGCGUUUUAUGGAUGGCUCGCCUACUGCCGACACUUGUCCACUGUUAGGACGCAUCUCAGUGGACUUGUUCAUCCGAAUAUAGUUCCUAUAGAGGGCACAGAGACAGGCCUAACAGAAGAACUAUGGAAGUCCAUGACAGAUGAAAGAGGAGCGGUUACUGACAAAGACGAAGUUUACCGACUGGUCUACUAUAAGGGUGUGCAGCACGAGAUCAGGCGGGAAGUGUGGCCUUAUCUCCUCGGCUACUACGAAUUUGGGUCAACAGCAGAAGAGAGAAUAGAACAAGACGUAGCAUGCCGACGGCAGUAUGAGACGACGAUGUCCGAGUGGUUGUGUGUCGAGGCGAUAGUCAGGCAGCGCGACCGCGAGGCCACUGCUGCCUCGAUAGCCAGGCUCACUGAGGCUUCGGGGAAGCCGAAACCGGUGGACACCUCAGAACCUUGCGAAGUGUUUGAAGACGACUGCAGCGUCAUAUCAGAUAAUCCACCAAUCGUCUCGCCCGAACCAAGUGAAACUGACCAAAAGAGGCCUGACGUCAAACCAGUCCUUUCACGAGCCCCGAGCAUAGACGAAGUGGAUAAUAUCGAGAUGGACUCAGAAAAAGAGAAGGAUGAUACAAAAGUUAACGGAGAGACUGAGACGGGUGAUAGUAGGGAUAUAGAUUUAGACAGUCUGAAAGACUUAGACGACGACGAAGAAGUACAUAUUAAGAGUGUUGUAGAAAAUCCUGAUAUGAGAAGAGAAAGCAUUGCGGAGAUAAAGAGAUUAGCGGAAGGUAUAGUUCAGAAAGGCGAUGGAAGGGGACUUUUAUGUAGUGUGGAUAGUGCGAAUAUGAACCUAAACGGCAGUGAUUUAAGGUCAUCGAUAGAUGAAGCCCAGCCACAGCAAAGUCCAGUCCAGCAGCAUACGAGUGUGAUUAUAACAAAUCCAUCAGUAGAUUUGGCUGCUUCGGGAUCUCCUGCGUCUGGUGGCACUACAGCUAACGUGAGCCCAGCUCGCAGUCCCCUUGGUGUAGUCCGAGAAGAGUCCCAUUCAGCGGGUGCUUCGUUCGAUACCUUGGAACCGGCGGGCGACCAAAGGCCUGAAGCGAGGUCCAACUGCGUGUCCCCUGCUAGCUCUAAUGGUGGCGUUUAUUCGAAUGAGCUGGUGGAGAGUUUCGCGUUGAAUUUGCACCGCAUAGAAAAAGAUGUGCAGCGCUGUGAUAGGAACUACCCGUUCUUCACCGAUGAGAACCUUGACAAGCUCAGGAAUAUUAUGUGCACAUACGUAUGGGAGCACCUGGACAUGGGCUACAUGCAGGGCAUGUGCGACCUGGCGGCGCCGCUGCUGGUGACGAUGCGCGAGGAGGCCGCGGCGCACGCGCUGUUUGCGCGCCUCAUGGACCGCGCGCGGGACAACUUCCCCUCGGGGCAGGCCAUGGACGCGCACUUCGCGGAUAUGAGGUCGCUGAUCCAGAUCCUCGACUGUGAGCUAUAUGAGCUCAUGCAUGCCCACGGCGACUACACCCACUUCUACUUCUGCUACCGCUGGUUCCUGCUGGAUUUCAAGCGGGAACUGCUUUACCAGGACGUGUUUGCAGCAUGGGAGCUGAUAUGGGCGGCGAGGCACGUGGCGUCGGAACACAUGGUGCUGUUCAUAGCACUGGCCUUGCUGGAGACGUAUCGUGACGUCAUACUGGCCAACACCAUGGACUUCACUGACAUUAUCAAAUUUUUCAAUGAGAUGGCAGAGCGGCACGACGCUUCCGCGGUACUGGCUUUAGCGAGGGACCUUGUUCUGCAAGUUCAGACUCUAAUUGAGAACAAAUAAGGUUCGGAAUAGGUAAUGCAAUAUGAUCUAGAUGUAUGCUAACUAGGCCACCGGUAAUUGCAUGACUAUACAAUGUCACUGUCGCAAUGAAUCCAAUGAUAUGGUAUAAAUCAAUAUCAUGACGCAUACGAGAUAGAUACUUAUUUAAUAGUACACAGAAGGUUAAGAGAAUACAGAAAUAUUUUAACACUAUCCAACAUCACCCUGUAUUAUUAAAAAUCACUCCUGUAAAAACUGUCUAAAAUAUUUUUUAGAAACGAUGGCAUCAAUCAUGACAUGUUUACCCUAUAUUAGGAAAGUAUCAUAGAGUCAAAGGAACACCACCAAAACAAGUAAAUAAUAUGUGUAAAUAUUUUUGUAACAAUUGAAUGCGACGCGCUUCUUAAUAGGGUCAUGUCGCCUAUUCGCGCCCUACCGACGGAUCUCUAUUAGAUUUAAAACCCUAUCCUGCAAAUCCUACCAACAAUUUUCCAUUACUGUCUGGUGUCGAACUAACGACAACGUGUUGUAUGACCACGGAUGACGGCACAUCAAGCUUAACAGUAUGGAAUCUUGAGAAUGUA